CCUAUGAAAACCUGGUCUACAGUCACAGUUAAGGACUCCAAGGGCAGGCAUGACGCACGAAGGUCAGGCUGCACACACAUGGAUGAAGCCGAUCUCGCAGAAGAUGGGACUUGCAAGCGACAGGAGGGUCUGCCUUACGGUGGGCUUCCCCCCCAGACUAAGCUGUGGGAUGAUCACCGCCCUUCUUCGAAGAACCACAUUCUGGGCGUCUCGGAUCAAGUGAGUUCAGCAGCAGGGGACCCUCAAGAAGGGGCUACAUGGUGCAGAAAUGCAGACACAGUGCUGACCAUGGAUAAAAUGAAUGAAAACACUGUUGAGAAAAAGUACGAUGAAGAGCAACAAUACACCACAGAUCCUCCCGGUCCAGCUAGAGGAGACCUUCCGAAGUCAAACAUUUCCGAUAUUUUACAGCAUCACCUUUCCAGAGAGGAAUUUUUAAAAGGUGAAGGCAUCGACUGUGAAACUCUGCCAGAGAUCUCUAAUCCCGACAGUUCUGUCGAGGCCAUUGUUAAAAGCAUCAUUGUGCGUUACGUUAAGAGUUCUUGGCCAGAAGAGCAAGCCCCAGAGCUCACCGGUCAACUUGACCCUGAGAGGGAUGAAGAGAGCGGCACCAAGCCCAGCCGUUCUCCAACCGCCGCAGAAGAAAGCACCUCUGAGCUGGAAGAGCCAGUGGCCGCUGGAGACGGCAGCCAUCCGGAAAGCUCCAAUUUUCUAACUGAAGCCAAGAGUCCAAGCCAUAAACAAAAAGGUCGCCAAGGGCAGACACCUCAGAAUCACCAGACUGAAAAGACAGGAUCAGGCCACAGGUUCCGGUGUGAUCAAGUCCAUUACCGGUUCUCUGAUUUCUCUAAUAUUGCUCCCACAGGGAAAAUCCCUGAAAAUAACAUAAUCGAUAAACCGCUUCCAACAGAUACACAAGACCACUUUUCUCAUGAACUGAGAGACAGGUUAGCUCUUGUGCAAGAUAUUUUAGAAAGCCUGUCUAGGUCAAAUUGGGUUGAGAAAGAAGAGCAGGAAAGGAAAACUCCUGACCCCUCCUUAGAGACAGAGACGGAGCCCACGAGGCACAUCUACCGGGAACGUCUCACAGGAACAGAAUCCGAGACAAGUCUCUUUCAGUUGACAUCACCCUCUCAGAAAAACCCUCCUGCAAGCUCUUCUUACAUAUUCCAGAAGCUAUCCCACCAGAAAAGGAUGUGUCAGAAGUUGAGAGAACAGACUGAUCGGCUGAGGAGUAAAGUGCAAGAAUUCUCCAAAAGCAUAGCACAGGACUCCCCCCGUCACACGCGAGACAAGAGGCUGGCCCUGGAGAAACUGCAGGGGCAUCUUGCAUGGCUGGAGCAGGAGUUCGUGGUCAAUAAGGACAAGCAUCUGACUUGGAAGCAGCAAGUCUGCAAGCAUGAACCCCCAACCGGCGGUGACUUUGAUCCGGAAAGGAAAGUGGAAGGUGAAAUGUGCAGGUCGGAGAUGCUACUUGAAGAAGUUAAAGAGAAGAUCGAGCAAGGCAAACAAACUUCAGCGAGUUCUCCCCCUGUGAGUCCUCCCGCCACCCCGGCUGCCUUGCCACCGCCGUCCUCUCCACCCUCAGAUGAGUGGGACCCCCACAGCCCCUCCAGAAGGCAGACACGUGUGGAACGUGCAGAGAUAACCGGCUGGAGCUGUGUCUUCUGCCACCGGGUCCUCGCAUGGGAGCAAAACAUGGAGAAAAAAGGCCACAGAAGGACCAGCUGCCACAGAAGGUUUCUUACUGCCCUCCAAGAGCAGGCGCUGCUCUCAGAUUCAAGUCUCAGCCCUGAUACAGAACUGAGCUGCUACUCGGCUUCUGGCACUGGACCGCGGAGUAAUAAAUGUGAGACCUGUGGCACUAAGAUUCCGAACUCCCGGAGAGGCUGCCGGAAAGGACCACUUAGAGAAUUUCAUUAUAAAUACAACAGGCCGGGACAGAAUUACUCAAAUCAUGAAGGAGGAAGUGCCUUUGUCCAGCUCCGCUUUUUAAAUGAAAAUAAAAAUUCUUCGUCUUGUGGGUGGACUGUCCAGCUGGCAGUCAGCGACUCCACAGAAGUGACAGAGCAGGUUCCUUUCCUAUCUUGUUGGUCUUUGGGUCUGCAGCUCAUGGAACCUGUUAUUCCAACAGCUUGUUCAAAACCAAACUGGAUCUAUUCCGAGCACAGGAAUUCAAAACCUUCUCAGGAUGAACACGAGCCCAUACCAGGAAAAAACAAUCUUACGGCUUUCAGGGCCUACAGUUCAGACCUGGCUUCAUCCUCGCCCCAUUUCCACUACUGCAGGAGUUCCGGAAGCAAAUCCUCCGGCAACCUGAGCAGUAUCGAAGAAACAAAAUCUGAGGGUUUAAACUCCUCUUUGGAUAAUGCCCUCAGGACAGCGAUCGUUCUGAAAGAAACUACUGACCGAAUGAUUAGAACUAUUGCAGAAGAUCUUGCCAAAGUGCAGAGAUGGAGGAAUCGACUGAAAUAUUAG